CCCUAACCAGAAAGAUUGCCGGGGACCAGCGAAUGAACUUGCGUGAACGCGUUUUCUCUUAAAACGACACCUCUCAGAACCCCAGAUCAAGUAGUUUUCAGGAAAUGGACCAUGAACUGGUGCAAUGAAAUAAUGGGGAAUGACAUAAUGUUUUCGAAGUGUUGCCCGAAAAUUUUCGAAAUGAGUGUUUGAACGGAAUUUGAGUGCCUCGAGUGUUAGCGCUGCCUUGGAAAAUGAGCUGGAGGAACUACCUCGUCUUGAUAUUUUUGUUGGAAGGAAUAAGGCUGAGUAAAACCCUGAAAAAGAUGACAAUGAACGUUCCUAGAGCCGUCAGAGUAGGCCAUUCCGUCACGUUAGAAUGUGAUUAUGAUUUGGAAGGGGCGGCUCUUUAUUCAGUGAGAUGGUACAGGGAUAACAACGAGUUCUACAGAUACGUUCCUAAGGAAGCUCCACCAACGAGGGUGUUUCCACUUCCUGGUCUCCAUGUAGAUGUAUCCGUAUCCGACGACCACAAAGUAACACUUUUAUCGAUAGGACAACCAAUGGCUGGUAUGUUCCAGUGUGAAGUCUCUGCAGAUGCUCCUUCUUUCCAUACAGAAAUGAUGGCAGCACCUAUGACAAUAGCAGUUGUGCCCGAUGGCGUGCCAGUAAUCACGGUGGACAAGUCCAGUCUGGAGCAGGGCGGUCCGCUCAUUUCCGAAUGCUCGGCGCCCGCUUCUUUUCCCGCCCUCAACCUCACGUGGUACGUCAACGACCAGAAGGUUCCAGGAUCGACGUCAUACUGGACGAAGAAAGAGGCGGAGCUAGAGAAGUCCUUCAGUAGGUUAGAACUGACCGGAGUUGGAGGAAGCUGGGGAGCUAUACGACUACGCUGUGAAGCAAACUUGUUCAGAUUAUUUCGUGCCAACAGUUUGGAAGUAUCGGUUAAACCCGAUGUUCCUCAACCAGCCUCUGUUCUGCUCAUGGGGUCCAGCAGAAAAAAUGGUGAUCUGAGAAUUUUCCAUACAAGCAUGCCCUUCCUCAUCAUGGCAACUGUGCUAAUCAGAUAACUGUGUUAGUGAUGUUGAUAGUUGAAAAGAUGGGACUUGACAAUCGGAUAUCGAAAAAUACAAUAUAAAUGAAUGUAAAUAGAAUGAGAAAAUGUUGAGAGACAGCGAUGUGACUUUUGUAAUAAAAAUGGGGAACCCCAGCUGAUUGUCGAUUGCAUUGGAACAAUGUGGAAAUAGAUCUGAUUUAUAAAGCAUUAAAUUAUAUCUAACUGUAAUUAUAAAUUCUACAGGGAAUAAUGAUGUUUGUGAAUGUAUAAUAUCGUUUCGCUACUCACGAAAUGGAUUAAUUAUUGUGUGAGAGAAUUUUGUGAUAAAUUUGCCAUCGAUAUAUUGAAUUCAAUUUGAAUUUUCACUUCCACAUUCAUUCCAUAUUUGAAAAUUUUUAACAUUUGACGAUGGAUUUAAAUCAAAUUACCACCUGAUCGAGAAUGUGAAUAAGAAUCAUUUCGAAUAUUAAUCCGAAUAAUGAAUGCUGUGAAAGAUUAAUUUCUAGGUAAUUUUUUCUAAGUAAUUUGUAUAUAAAUAGAUUAAACGAUUCACUGUUAAGAGGAAUAAAAGGAUUCGCCAGAGAUGAAUCUCACAUUCAUUCGGAGGGUAAUUGUUUGCAUUCAUUCAAGGGCGAAUCUGAAGGAUCUCAAACUAUAUAAAAACUACCCUCCUUUCAUGAACAAGCUGAGUUGAUGUACAAAUGAUGUGAACUGUCUGGAAAUAUGUAACAAAAUUAAUAAAGAGAGUUUUGCAGAA